AAAAAAUCUCUCAUCACUAUUAUCUACAAUAGUCAGCUGCCUCAAUGAAAGGAUGGGUGAUUAUCAUCGAUAAUGACUACCUUGAAACAAGUGGAAGCUGGGAGAAUUUAUCAAUGGAUUGAAUCUUAUAGCACUCAAGUAUCAGGUUAGCUCAUAGAAUAUUUCAAUUUGGAUUGCGGAUUGUACUAAAUAAAAAAUAUUACAUAUAAAACUUUACGAAAGAAAAUUAUUUUGUUCUAAGGCUCGAUAAACGUUGUUAUCUUAUAAUCAAAUCAUUUACUAUAAUGAUUGCUUGGUUUUUGUACUGGCUAGUAUAUGUGUUAUUUUUUCCAUAUCACCUAGACUUCCUUCUAGGAUAUAAUUAGAAUAACGAUAAAGGUUUCAUAACUCAAAUUAAAAUUCCGCCGAUCAUAUUUAGCAUAAAUAUUUUUUCAAAAACUCCCCAAUAUAUUAAGUUAAUUAUUUGUUUCAAGUGAGUGGUUACCAUCAUUGGAUAUAAUCAGAUAAAGAUAAAAAAUGAAUAAAGAUGGGAACUUUGACGUAAAAUAUAACAAACAGUCUUAUAAUAUAUACGAAUUUUUAAAUAACCAUCCAGGAGGUAUUAAUUAUGUCAAACCUUAUAAAGAAAAAGACGUUUCUAAACCUAUGAGUCUUUAUGACCACUCAAAAGCUGCCUAUUACCUUUUAGAAGAAUAUAAAAAAGGAGGAAGGAGGAAAAGUCAUGAAUCAGAGGAAGACUUAGAAAGGUUAGUUAAUUGGGACAAGCCAAUGUUUAGUCAAGUUGGAAAAUUAGGUACAAAAUAUUAUGAAUGGGUGACGUCGCCAGUCGAUAGACAUCUACAAUUAUUCGGCAAUCCAAUUUUGGAAUAUAUGACCAUAACUCCUUGGUAUAUAGUACCCAUAGUUUGGGUACCUAUCUGUAUAUAUUUGACUAUAAAAGGAGCAGAACAGUACACUCUCAUUACUAAUGAUACUAGUCCAUACGUGCCAGUAGUAUUAGCUUUUAUACAGGGUGGCCUAAUGUGGACCUUGAUUGAAUAUAGUUUGCAUAGAUGGGUUUUUCAUAUAGAACCUUCUGGCCAUUCCAAAGCUAUGAUAUAUUUUCAUUUUACAAUCCAUGGACUGCAUCAUAAAGUACCAUUCGAUUCAAGAAGAUUAGUUUUUCCGCCGUUUCCUGCCGCCAUAAUCGUAUACAUUUUAUAUAAAUUCAUUGGACUUUUUAUUCCAGAAUCUAAACACCUUUUAGUACUUUCGGGUGGAAUAGCAGGAUACGUAAUUUAUGAUAUGAUCCAUUUCUAUCUUCACCAUGGUUCACCACAAGAAAACAGUUAUUUUUAUCACUUAAAACGAUAUCACAAUCAGCAUCACUUUGCUCACCAUGACAACGGCUUCGGUAUUAGCAGUACAAUAUGGGACAAAGUAUUUGGAACCGCUAUAAAAUUGAGGCAAUUAAGUAUGGGUAUCAAAUGGUGAAUGCCUACAUCAGAAUAUCAAUUGCCUUGUGUGUUCGUUGUUUGUGUGAUUUUCCUUAGGUAACUUAUAAAUAAUAUUUGAUAUGAGUCCUAUUAUUUUUUGAAAAAUCGUUUAUAAACAAUAAAGUCUAUUAUUUUUAUUUUAAAUAAAACAAAA